UCACAACGAGCAGAAACACAAUAGAGAGAGUGUUUAGAGAGCUUCGGUUUUCGCACAAAAUCGCGAGUAUUGAGAGGAGCUGUUUUAUCCUGGAGACGACCGGUUGAUAGUCUGCCGUGCGCAUCGAAGGCAGUGCCGCGAACGUCUUAAAGAGAGCGACCUAGUCCGCGACUCAGCUCCAGAUUCGGUAACCUCGUUCUUUUUGUUGUUCCGUUCCUAACAAUUUUAAGACGUUUGGCUGCUGCUAUGUCGACUGAACAGAACAACAUGGCCGGAUCUGGUGCUGUCGAUAUCAAUCGACCCUUUCGCUUCGUUGGGGUCAACUUCCGUCCCUGGAGGCAAAAGAUGGAGUUCUACCUGACGACCAAAAAGCUGGCCCACUGCCUCACCAGCAUGCCCGUCGAGCUGCCGGAAGAAGCGACCGAUGAGGAGAGGGCUGCUUCUGCCAGGGAAAGGGAGCAUGACUUCCUGUGCAAGAACUACAUCCUCAAUGGCCUAGCAGACGAUCUCUACGACUACUAUGCGGACAGUAAGAACACCGCGAUGAUGAUCUGGGAUGCGCUCCAAAAGAAGUACGACACGGAGGAGGCUGGAGCUAAGAAGUAUGCUGUCAGCCGCUACCUGCGCUACCAGAUGGUGGAUGACAAAUCCGUCGAAGUUCAGUCCCACGAACUUCAGAAAAUAGCUCAUGAGAUCGUCUCUGAAGGUAUGCCUCUGGACGAUCAAUUUCAAGUUGCUUGCAUUAUUGAUAAGCUGCCCCCUAAGUGGAAAGAUUUUAAGAAUAUGCUUAGGCACAAAACCAAAGAAUUUUCACUGGAAAGCUUGAUUACUCGCCUAAGGAUUGAGGAAGAGUCCCGCAAGCAGGAUAUGAAAGAAGAGGUGAUGGUCGUCACUGCUAAACGACCCACCCCUAGAGCUCUUAAACCUAACCAGAAAGGGUUUAAGAGUAAGAACCAGCAUGUCCGCCCCCACCAGAAUGGUGCCUCUCGAGGUAACCAAAGGGUCAUGGCCCAAACCUCUAAGAAUGACCCACCGUUUAUCUGCUAUAACUGUGGAAAACCGGGUCAUAUGGCAAAGAAGUGCCGGAACAAGCAAAACCCUACCGCUGCGGCCAGGGUUAACUUGACAGAAGAGGAUUUGAUAGCCAUGAUCACAGAAAUGAUCGCUGAAGUUAACCUCACCGGUUGAUAUGAUUUCAUUUGGAUCGGUUUACAAGAUUGGAUUG